CGAGAGCCAAUGAGGAUUGUCAACUGAGUCUGAUCUCAACGUUGUGCUGGGUUUCCCAUCCCCCAUCCAUGAUGGAUGGAUUCCCAUCUUUCUUGCUGGCUGGCAUCGAUCAGAAUUGCCCAGUGGGCCCCGGCGCGUGGCGCUAAACCCGUCCCAAAAGGAAAGCCAGGCCCUCCCAAAUGCCUACCGUAGGUCCCAACUGCACUGCAUCUCUUUCUUUUCUGACCCCGACAAAAGCCAGCCAGCCCAGCCCCAGCCAAGCUACUUACCUGGGAUCUUUGGUCUGGCUCCUUCAACAGGAAGAAGGGGAAUGGGGCGGAUCCACCUGUUCCAGCCUUUCUCACAUUUUUGUUCUUCUCAACCCACUUCCUUCAGCUACUUCUUCUUGGAGGUCCAAGGGGUCACCGGCAGGGUUGAAAGCUGAAUUAUGGGGAGGAGGAGAGGAAGAAGCAGCAGAAGAAGGAACGUAAAGUCGGCGAACUUCCAGACCGAUGCUCAAUCAUAAUCUCCAGUCCAUCAGUCCAUCCAUCAUGGAUUCGAGACUUCGAUUCCUGUUCAGAGGUAAAUCAAACAUAGAGUGCACGUACGAGGUAGUAAAUUAGAAUCAGUUCCUAAACGAGACGUUGAACAAGAAGGAGAAAAAGAAAAGAAAAAAAAAAAAACCAAGGAACGGCACGGGGUACCAAUCGAUCUGAGUGAC